GAUAAAUGCUCAAUAUUUAUGUGAAAAUAAGGGAUGCCUUUUGUAGGAUUGCAACACUGUGAGUUGCUCUAAUUAGUGACAAUUGACUGAAACAAUAGAAAUUCUUAGGUGAUUUGGGUAGACAAAACGAUAGUAAGAGCACAUGGAGGAGCACAUGAUUUUAUAUGGAAGAAGAUGGAUAACACUGUGAGCACUAUACCGACAUUACAUGGUUAAAGGGGAACAACUCUAAUGAUUAUGUCACUGAGAAAUCUCCUCAACCGAAGAAAAUGCUUUGGCAAAAUAAGCAAGAGUGUCCUGUUAGUGAUGUUAAUGGUGUCUGUGAUGAUCAACAUUUCAUUCAUCUUGGAGACCAACAGCAAACUGCAGUAUUCCAAACAAUCGGAUUAUAGUGGCUUGGCAACUGGACGGAACGUAGGAAAUGGUAGUGUUAAUGAAAUGGAACAAGAACCAGAACAAGCAACUUCAGUAAAAAUUGAUGUUUUAUCAAGUAAAGAGAGAGUUCUGGUGAAACUAAAUGGCAGAUCUGUAUACAGGAAGGACGUGUUUGACGAGGACAGAGGAAUACAUCUUCUUGUACUGAACCAAGCAACUGCUGCUGUUAUGGCAGUACGAGUGUUUGACACAUAUCUUCAGAAAGAGGACGAGUCCAUGCUGCAGUUCUUAGACUCUGUCUCUAUUGGUAGAAUACUGGUGUUUGCUAUCAAGGAUGAAGGAACCUACCAGUUAAAGGAGCAGGCUAAAGAUCGACUGGCUGAACUAGGUAGUGAUGUAAGCUACACUCUGUACUGGAGGGACAUGUGGGCAUUUGUUACUGUUAAGCGAAAAGAAAAAAAGAAAGGUAUAGGAGAGAUGUUUUCUAGAGCUGCUGAUCUUCAGUCCUGGGGAGAACCUGUCUCAUUGUCAGUCACAGUUGAUCUGAUUCCAAAUGAAGAUACUGAGUGUAAAUCUUGGCCCAAUAAUGAUAUUACUACAAGACGUAGGCAGUUCUGUGCUAAACAUGAAGGUUACGGUACAGUGUGCCACUGUGAUAACCCACAACCACUUGAGUUUCCUCAAGAAACACUAGAGAAUGGGCAAAUUUUGGAUGUUCCAGUUACCGUUAUUGCGAGUAACAGGCCACAGUAUUUAUACAGAACAUUGAAAACUCUUCUACAGACCCCAGGUGUUCCAGCUGAUAAAAUUAUUGUGUUCAUAGAUGGAAUUCACGAGAAAGCAGAACAUAUUAUUAUUUUAGAAGAGGACCUCGAAGUCUCACCUGAUUUCUUCAAUUAUUUUCAUCAAACUAUGCAUUUGUUAGAGGAGGACCAGACAUUGUACUGUAUAUCAGCCUGGAAUGAUCAGGGCUAUGAGCAUUCCUGCAAGGAUCCAGCCCUGUUAUAUAGAAUAGAGACAAUGCCAGGUCUGGGCUGGAUGAUGAAGAAAUCCCUGUUUGAUGAACUAGAGCAUCAAUGGCCAGGUCCUGAAAAGCACUGGGACUGGGACAUGUGGAUGCGGCAUGAAGUGAUACGUAAAUCUCGCGAGUGUAUAAUUCCAGAUAUUUCUCGUACAUAUCAUUUUGGCUCGAAAGGCCUGAACAUCAACCCAUACUUCCAAGAACUUUAUUUUCAGUCUCAUAAACUCAUGACAAAACCAAAUGUCAAGUUAAAAGAUGUGGACAGGAUGACAAGUGAGAAAUAUGAAGAGCUUGUUAGAAAUUUAAUAUCAAGUGCCGAAGUAUUAGACCAUUCCAAGGAUCCAUGUGCUGAAGAUUUUAUACCACAAGAUACAGAUGUUGAGACAUUUGUAAUGUAUAUACAAAUGAAGGGUCCACAAGAUUUUGAGACUUGGAAACAAUUAGCGAAGUGUUACAAGCUCUGGGAUUUAGAUGUCAGAGGUUUCCAUAAGAGUAUGUGGCGGCAAUAUUUAAAGGGGAAACAUCUAGUCAUAGUGGGAGUUCCUGCGUCUCCUUAUGCUGAAUUGAAACCUGCAGAUAUCACACCAAUUGACUUAGAAAGCAAAGAAAAGCAAAAAGAAGGGACUUGACGGAAAUCCUGUUUGUUAAAUUUCUUCUGUACCAUGUGAUAAUUUUAUCUUAACUUUGAUUCACAUAUUUUUAUACAAGAUCUGUUCUGAAUAUUUAUCAUUGUGUCUAUAUUCAUGUACCAUAAUUGUGAUACACCAUUUAACAGUUUUUAACAGGUUGUAGGUGUUCUAGUGGAAAGUCUUGUAUAGAUUAAUGUAGGUUUCUGUUACAACUUUCAGUCACAUUUUUAAAUCAUGCUUGUAAAGAUAUUUGAGCCGCGCCAUGAGAAAACCAACAUAGUGUGUUUGUGACCAGCAUGGAUCCAGACCAGCCUGUGAAUCCGUGCAGUCUGGACAGGAUCUGUGCUGUUCGCAAACAGUUUCUCUAAUUCGAAUAGGCUUUGAAAGCGAACAGCAUGGAUUGUGACCACACUGCACGGAUGCGCAGGCUGGUCUGGAUCCAUGCUGGUUGCAAACGCACUAUGUUGGUUUUCACAUGGCGCAGCUCAUUUAUUCUGUAUGAUUUGUUCAGGAAAUAAAUAGAAAUGGAGAAUCAGGUAAUGACCAAAGAUCCUGUUUAUGAUACUAAGUGAACAAAUAUUAUUUUUAACUUCUUGCAUAAUAAUUCAUUUUCUUUUUUAUUUCUGUAGAAAAAGAAAAGCUUGCCAAAAAUGCUUCAUUUUUACUAAAAAUUAGAAAGGUUACUGAUUCUUUUCCAAAGUUUAAAGUAAAAUCUUAUUUUUGAUUUUUAUAGUGAUUUAUAUGCUUGAUCAACCAAAGAAAUAACAGUUACAAAAAGAUCAGUAUCAUACUAUAAUUUUUAGCUCAUCUGAUUUUUUGAAAAAAAAUGAUGAGUUAUUGUCAUCACUUGAGCGGUUGUCGGCGUCGGCGUCGGCGUUGCCUGGUUAAGUUUUAUGUUUAGGUCAGCUUUUCUCCUAAACUAUCAAAGCUAUUGCUUUGAAACUUGGAAUACUUGUUCACCAUCAUAAGCUGACCCUGUAUAGCAAGAAACAUAACUCCAUCUUGCUUUUUGCAAGAUUUAUGGCCUCUUUUGUACUUAGAAAAUAUCAGAUUUCUUGGUUAAGUUUUAUGUUUAGGUCAACUUUUCUCCUAAACUAUCAAAGCUAUUGCUUUGAAACUUGGAAUGCUUGUUCACCAUCAUAAGCAGACCCUGUACAUCAAGAAACAUAACUCCAUCUUGCUUUUUGCAAGAUUUAUUGCCCCUUUUGGACUUAGAAAAUCAGUUUUCUUGGUUAAGUUUUAUGUUUAGGUCAGCUUUUAUCCUAAACUAUCAAAGCUAUUGCUUUAAAACUUGCAACACUUGUUCACCAUCAUAAGUUGACCCUGUACAGCAAGAAACAUAACUCCGUCCUGCUUUUUGCAAGAUUUAUGGCCCCUUUUGGACUUAGAAAAUAUCAGAUUUCUUGGUUAAGUUUUAUGUUUAGGUCAACUUUUUCUCUUAAACUAUCAAAGCUAUUGCUUUGAAACUUGCAACACUUGUUCACCAUCAUAAGCUGACCCUGUACAGCAAGCAACAUAACUCCAUCCUGCUUUUUGCAAUAAUUAUUGCCCUUUUUGGACUUAGAAAAUCAUUUUCUUGGUUGAGUAUUACGUUUAAGUCAACUUUUCUCAUAAACUAUCAAAGCUAUUGCUUUAAAACUUGCAACAGUUUUUCACCAUCAUAAGUGGACACUGUACAUCAAGAAACAUAACUCUAUCCUGCUUUUUGCAAGAAUGAUGGCCCUUUUCAGACUUAGAAAAUCAUGGGUAGGACAAUAUUUCUAUUACACAAAAAAAAUCAGAUGAGCGUCAGCACCCGCAAGGCGGUGCUCUUGUUAGAGUUUGUUGGUGCCUGAAAUGUUGUCUUGAAAAUGGUGCCAGUAUUUGCACAAUUCACUCUUGCCAGAAAAGUUAAGUCACAUGCCAGUAGCAUUGUGUAUUUCAAAUAAUUUAGAAAUUUACAAAUUUUAUGCAAAGAGUAAAUGCUAUUUACGAUAGACAAGUAUUAGUAAUAGCUUCUUGUUGAGUCCACUGACGAUAAAUUGUAUUGAUCUUGAAUGGUAUGCCAGUUCAAGGUCUAUUCUCACUGGAAAAUAGAUACAUUUCAGCACAGAUAAUUACUGUAGCUUUUUAGCUGUUCCAUUGUCUGCUUAUAUACUGCACAAGGCUGGUUUUUGUCCACGUUUUGCAUUGUCUGUAUAAAUGUCUCAGUAAAUAUGAAAGUGGCUGUCUUCAAGCAAAGUUUAUAUUUUUAAAAAAUAUUCCAAAUUUUUUGUUCGAUAUGUUUCUAAGUUACAUGUAAAAGAACCCAAAGAAGGUAAAAAGUGGGAAAGAUUCAUAUAUUAUGUUCUUUAUGUUACACCAGUUAAAUAUAUAUAAUCUGCAUCAUGGUCACAACACUUUUAAGUUCAUUUUGUUAUAUUUGUACACAAUGGAGAAGAUUGUAGAAAUAGGUGCUUUAACACUAUAUAUUUUUAUCACACAUUUGAAAUGUUAAUGUGUUCGUAAAUAUUUUAUAUUGUUACACACAAAGAUGAUUUAAACCUAAUAUAACUUUUUUAUGACAAAACUA